GAGUGAUCGUUUCACAACAUGAGGAAGCGGCAGAUGUUUACAUGCCUCUCUAGUGGCCAACGUUUCAGUAGUAUUGUCUCUAAACGAGAGCAGCCUGUCCUUCUUGCACGCCCACUGAGUGUUACACAAACUUAUAUCAUGAUUUCAAGAUCACUCCGGUCAUAGAGGGCCAUUGAGACGAGCUCUUCUUCGCAUAAGCAUCGAACAGCGCUUCGACCUCUCAAUUCAGAAAAGAUGUGGAUUCCUAUGCUGAGUUUGACUGCCCUGCCACACGUUGGUGGGAUAUUUGGAGGUAUAAUCACACGGAAGGAGGUGAAGACCUGGUACACCACGCUGAAAAAACCCUCAUGGAGGCCACCUAAUGCUGCCUUCCCAGUGGUGUGGACCACUCUCUACACUGGCAUGGGCUACGGUUCAUAUCUUGUGUGGAAAGAGCUUGGAGGCUUCACCGAGGAUGCACUGGUACCACUGGGACUCUAUGGGAUGCAGUUGGCACUUAAUUGGGCCUGGACUCCCAUCUUCUUUGGCGCUCACAACAUUAAACUGGCAAUGAUAGAGAUAGUGAUGCUGACUGGCACAGUGGCAGCUACAAUGGUGUCUUGGUAUCCCGUCAGCCGCACUGCAACACUUCUCAUGGUACCAUACUUGGCCUGGCUCUGCCUCGCUACCACCCUCAACUACUGUAUUUGGAGAGACAAUCCAGAACCCAAAAAAGACGACUGAAGAGGCCAAUAAAACAAACACUAUUCUAACUAACACUGACUAACAGACUAGAAUAAAAAUGCAAUCAUGCUUUAUUUUCCAUGUUAGCCAUUUUGAAGUUACAGUUUAAUGAAGAACUUAGUUUAUUUUUCAACUUGACUUAAAAUUUUGUAAUUCACAACGUGUCAUUUUUAUAAGAGAAGGUAAUAAACUGAAUGUUCUGACGCUUCCAUUAAUGCUUCUAUUAAAACUUGUUCCAUCAGCUCACUUAAGUUCAGCGUUUUACAGGCUUUUCUGAUAACAGAAAAAUGUUUUGCGUGUUUCCUGCCUUAUUUUUAUGAAUAAAAAUGUUUUCAUGACUGA